GGCAACGCCACAACUUGCAGCAGUUCCUCUUCCAGAGCCGAGCGCUAGUUUACACCCCGAAAAUCCAGAGAGGACAGUCGUGGGGGAAAGGACUUCCAGCACCCACGGCAUCCUGCGCACCGUCCGCGAUGAACGGGGAGGUCAUAUUUUGCCCAAAGUGGCACCGCGCGUUUUGGUUUCUGCUUUUCGCGGUGCCCUGCUUCCUUCACGCCGGCGAGGCUGAGAUAACUUGCCGCUCAUGCCAGCCUGGAAGUAAGUGGCGCGGAAAGGAAUUACUGCUGAAAUUUCACACGAGUGAGUCCGCAACAGGGUUCAGGGGACAAGUUUUUGGGAACGGCGAGCGGAGAUUCGGGGCUGCGAGUGCGGAAACUCCGCGGCUCAGUUGCGCAGUUGGGUCCGCUGAAUGCGCUCGAGCUCGGGUGGAAUACCCGGAGACGAGCCUCAAACGGAAUACACGAGAUCUGCGCGCAAAAGGCGAACUCGGCCAGAGCGAGUUUACGCAGAUGAAAGUUUCCAACGUGUCGACGAGUGGCCAGAAGAAGAACGGCCGUGUCGAAGGUGUGAGGAGGCGCGCCAGGAGGAACAGCCACGGGGACAAACUCGGAUCCCCCCGUUCGGCCCAGAAUCAGGACCGGGGAGAGGCCACGGGCACGGUGGCUGGGCGCAGAGUGACGCGCUCUGAAUUGCGCUGGAGCGGAGAGGAGCGGAGAGCCGCCGGUCCGAGGCAGGAGGAGCUAAAACUUAACAGUUCGACGUUCGCUUUGACCGGAGAUUCGUCUCACAACCAGGCUAUGGUGCACUGGUCCGGGCAGAACAGCAGCGUGAUUCUGAUGCUGACCAAACUAUUUGACUUUAACCUCAACAGCGUGACUGAGAGUUCAUUAUGGAGGUCAACAGACUACGGAGCAACGUACCAGAAGCUGAAUGACAAAGUAGGAGCAAAGACAAUACUCAGUUAUUUGUACGUGAGCCCCAACAACAAGAGAAAGAUCAUGCUGCUAACCGAUCCAGAGGUAGAGAGCAGCCUUCUGAUCAGCUCUGAUGAAGGAGCCACCUACCAGAAGUACCGGCUGAAUUUCUACAUCCUCAGCCUUCUGUUCCACCCUGAGCAGGAGGACUGGAUUCUCGCCUACAGCCAUGACCAAAAGCUCUACAGCUCGGUGGAGUUUGGACGGAGGUGGCAGCUGGUGCACGAGCGAGUGGCUCCCAAUCGUUUCUACUGGUCGAAAAUGGGUUUGGACAAAGAGCCGGGCUUAAUUCACCUGGAAACCAGCAUCACUGAAGGACAGGCGCUGUAUGUCACCUGCAAGCUGCAGAACUGCACCGACGCCAAUAAGGGCAAACCAUUCCCCGGCUACAUUGACCCCAAUUCUCUGGUGGUGCAAGAUGAGUAUGUGUUUGUCCAGGUGUCAACUGGGGGGAGGCCAAUCUACUACGUGUCAGCUAAAAGAGAUGUCUUCACCCCUAUGAAGCUGCCCAAGUAUACGCUGCCCAAGGAUCUGCAUGUGAUCAGUACGGAUGAAAACCGUGUCGUCGCGGCUGUGCGGGAGUGGAACCAGAAUGAAACCUACAACCUGUAUGUGUCAGACACUUCGGGGGUCUACUACACUCUGGCUCUGGAGAAUGUGGUCAGCAGCAUGGGCCCCGAGGGAAACGUCAUGGUCGACCUCUAUGAGGUAGCGGGAAUAAAAGGAAUGUUCCUCGCCAACAAAAGGACGGACAACCAAGUGAAGACGUACAUCACCUACAACAGAGGCAGAGACUGGCGGUUACUGCAGGCGCCGAGCAAAGACCUGAGAGGCAACAGCAUUCACUGUGUGCUGCCAUACUGUUCAUUACAUCUCCAUCUUCACGUGUCUGCAAAUCCCUACACAUCUGGAAACAUCGCCAGCAGGGACUCGGCGCCGGGGAUCAUUGUCGCAUCAGGCUCCAUUGGGGCAGAACUGACCACCAGCAAUGUCAGUGUGUUCAUCACCUCGGACGCAGGAAACACAUGGAGACAGAUUUUUGAUGAGGAGUACGCAGUGCUGUAUCUUGACCAAGGAGGGGCCUUGGUGGCAAUAAGACACACUCCGCUUCCCAUCCGACACCUGUGGUUGAGCUUCGACGAAGGACGGCAGUGGAACAAAUACAGCUUCACCAACACGCCCCUGUUUGUGGACGGGGUGCUCGGAGAGCCCGGGGAGGAGACUCUCAUCAUGACGAUAUUUGGACAUGUCAGUCAUCGAUCGGAGUGGCAAUUGGUGAAAAUAGACUUCAGGUCCAUUUUCAACAGGAGGUGUAUAGAGGCAGAUUAUCAGACAUGGCACCUGCACAACCAGGGUGAGCCGUGUCUGAUGGGAGUCAAAAGAAUCUACCGAAAGCUGAAGCCCACGUCCAGGUGCGUUAUGGGAAAGACAUACUCAGUGACCAUGACAUCGGCACCAUGCGACUGCACAGAGGCUGACUUUGAAUGUGAUUACGGCUUUGAGAGACGGACGGACGGCAAGUGCACCCCCGCCUUUUGGUUCCAUCCAUCAUCGAUGUCCAGGAGUUGCACCACGGGGAUGACUUUCCUUAACAGCACCGGCUACAGAAAAGUGGUCUCCAAUAACUGUACAGCUGGUGUGAGCGCAGAGUACACAGCCAGGAGGCAGCAGUGUCCUAUCCAAGCACCCAAAGGUCUCCACCUGGUUACCAGUGAGGGUUCGCUGACAGCCGUGUUAGGCACCAAUGUCACCUUUCUUGUUUUUCUGGAGGAGGGUGACGGGGCGAGGACGAGCAUCACUCUGGACUUUGGAGAUGGCCACGCUCUUACAUAUUCCAAUGUGAGCUCCAUCGAGGAUGGGAUCAAACACAUCUACAAAGCUGUGGGAAUCUACCGAGUGACUGCUACCGGGGAGAACAGCUUGGGCUCAGAGACCGCCAUGCUCUACCUGCAUGUCACAUGUCAGCUGGAGUAUAUCCAUCUCUCAGCUCCCUUUGUGGCUGUGAGGAAUAAGGAAGUGAACCUGACUGCUGUUCUGUGGCCCAGCCAAGUGGGAACGGUCACCUACAUCUGGUGGAUCGGAAAUAACACAGAGCCAGUAAUCACCCUAGAGGGAAGUGUGGCGUACACAUUCUCCCGGGAAGGCAUCAAUACAGUCACUGUGCAGGUGUCUGCAGGGAAUACUAUUCUGCAGGACAGAAAAACCAUUGCUGUCCACGAAUAUUUCCGAUCUCAUCUGCUCGCCUUUUCAUCAAACCUGGAUGAGCACAACCCCGAUAUUGCAGAAUGGAGGCUGGAUGUGAGCCGAGUCAUUAAGAACUCUCUGAUCCAGGCUACAGGCGUGAGAGAGGAUCAGCUCCUGGUCACUGUCCUCCCAGGUUUACCCACAGCAGCAGAGUUUUUCCUCCUGCCUGACAAACAGAUAACUGAGGGGAAACCAGAGAAGAGCUCAGCUCAUUUAGAUCAGCUUUCCGAGCUUUUGCUCAGCGCACUCAAUCAAAAUCUCGUCCAGUUCACGUUGCGGCCCGGGGUCCAAGUCACCGUGUAUGCAGCGCACUUAUCAGCAGCGCCCCUAGUGGACACCAGCGAGAACCACAGUGGCUCUGCCAUGCUAAUGCUGCUAUCAGUAGUGGUUGUGGGUUUAGCUGUAUUUGUCAUCUACAAAUUCAAGAGGAAGAUCCCAGGCCUCAACGUCUAUGCGCAGAUGCAGAACGAAAAAGAACAAGAAAUGAGUCCAGCGAAUCCAACGGUGGCCACGCCCAGCUCUCAGCGGGACUUGGUGCAUUCUUUGGAGAUUCUGGACACAGAGUUUAACUCGCGGCCCAUCGGAUGUAUGAAACCUCAUGUACAUGUGAAAUUUUCCACAGAACUCCCCACGUACAUCGUCUAAACUCUGGACUGGAUUACUGUUCCAGCUCUGUCAUGGAUAUUUUUUACCAUUUGGGACACAAUGGUUUUGAGCUUUAUACCUGUGCAUGUUGGACCCCGCUGACACAUACUGUGCUCUGUUCAAACCAGAAGAAACUGUGUACAGGUUUUCAAUUUAUUUUAACACGUCUCCGAUAAAUUAAACAUUUAGAAAAAAGUCCCGUUUAUUUAUACGAGUCGCAUCCAUAAUGGAGAAGGAUUGGCAGCGUGAACCGGAGAGGAGGGAAUGUGUAACAAGCAGCAGUGUUUUGGAUUUGGUUACAUAUCUGAGAUUGGUUUGCUGUUCUAUGAAGUUAACAGCAGUAGUGUAUUAUUUAUUCAUGAAUAUACAUGAAGUAUGUUAUUGAAGUGAAUUACACAUUUAUUUUGUAAAUCAUGAAUGUCUAUGUUAGAAAUAAUUUGUGUAUUUUAAUAACAAAUGUCAUACUAAAAAGAGAUGCUGUUAUAAAAUAUGAAUAGGGCACCUCAAAGCUUUUGGUCCAUUGUCUCUCAGAAAGCUGAUUUAUGGCACAAUACACAUUUUCUACAAAAGUAUUAAUUUUUUUCCCAAUUUUAAUUUAUUAACAACCGAACAACAACAGGGUGUGAAUCUCUGGAAUAAUUUAAACCUUGCUGUUAAUCUAAUGCUUCUGGUACUAUUUAUGAUACACGCCAGUUUGUAAAAUGUUUUGUGCUUCAGAACAUCACUUGAUGGCUGAGGCACCAUCCAUCUGCGGGUGACCUCCAAAUAUCACCGGACCUUUUAGACCUUUACAAGAUACAACAGAUGAUGACCUGGCAAUGAUCCCACAAAGAAAGGUCAUUCCUGGCCACAGUCUAGGAGCUACUACAAGAUGCAGAGAACAACUUAUCGCGGGUCAGAUUUAAGGUGGCACUUGGAAUGGGAUACAGCUACUUUGUGGGAGAAUCCAAAGAGCAUGGCAGUGAGAAAGAGAGAGACAGACAGAGAGAGGUUGAGAGAGAUUGAAGACGGCUUUUAGCGGACACGACGCAUUAAGGGCGUUCUAUUGGACAGAAUAAGAAGAGGUUGACUUCUUGAAUACUUAAUGUGGCCUGUCAAGCUCAAGGCUGGCUAAGGUUGGUUACACAUUUAGGGUAAUAUCCCAACCUGCUCUCAAGUAGCACCCGUCUUCAUCCCAGCUCAUUAUUUCAUGCUGUAGGAGCAGGAGAAGUAGAGCGCAGAUGCUACCAGGCUACAUGGAUGGUUAGCCUCAGAGGACUGUCAAGCCCUCUGGUACUCUGUGUGUGUGAAAUCUGACAGAUGUAAAUGCCUGAUUGAUGCCUUUCAUAUCUUCUGAGGCAACUUUUUAAGAUGUUCUUUUCUCUUUUUUACUUCGGCGGGAUGGAGAAAUACAGCACAGAGGAAGUUGCUUCUGUUAGCGUUGCAUCAUCUUUCCUGCAAAUGUGCCAAAAUUCAGAGUUAUGGGAUGUAAACUGUGCAGCAUCGUUUCAUUUGACUGUAAAUUGAGUGACUGGGGAAACUGAUGAACAGCUAAUGAUUGGACGAUUCCAAUUUUGGUCCAAAUCUCCAUGCUGUUGACUGAGGCACUAAUAUUUUCCAAAAACAAUUAUUUGCAGAUUGCCAAUGGCUCACCAGAGGUUCUGGGUGUUCCUUGUUCGGCCUCUGGGCAAAGAUGGUCAUCGCAGCGACUUUUCAAAAGUGGAAUCAGCAGGAAAGCACUGAUUUUUCUUAGUCGCAGGGAGGGUGCCAUCCUAUUUUUACUCGAGUGUAAGUGAGCCAUUAUAUAAGUCGGGAUAAUUUGCCCUUGUAAAGGUCUAUCUGUUCAGAACUCUGGGGUUCUUCGUGUAAUGAGGUGUUAAGGUUACAUGUGCAAACAGAUAUGAAUCAAGGGUUCUGUCACCAACUUAUGCAAAUUGUAAAAGCAGCAGGUAGUUUUGCAGCACAGGUUGUUGUUGUGCUCCGAUACUGGAGCAAAAUUGGUUAGUGGUGUUCAAGUGCUGAUAGUUUUUUAGCACAGAAAACUUGAAGGUAAUUGGCUGUAAUCAUCAGCUUUAUCUGUAGCUGUUGAAUGGAAGAGUUACAGACAGUGCUGUAAUUCAAGCACACAGGGUUAUAGCCAGGUUGAUGCUAUCACAUGUCUGAAGAUGUGAAUAUUCCUCACCCUCCUUUCUUUGCAUUGCUGGGUGCCUCUGGAUUUUCGAGUGGCCGUGGGCUACAUCUGCAUGUGUUUUGAGAUCCACGUCACACUUAUUGGCACCCUGUCGCACUUGAAGUGUUUGAAUCCAUAUACUUAACAGGGAAAUGAUGCAUGCAGACAUCGGGCCAUGAAUGUGUUGGUAUGCAGCCAGUGUGUCCUGCCCUGAAACUGAAAAGUGCACAGACAAACACCAGUGAUAUUUUCAGUUGUCAUAGGUCUGUUCAAGAGGAAGUGUUUAUAUUUCAGAGCUGCAUGCAAACAUGAUUUGGGGAACAAGUCAGCUUACAUCUUCAUCUGUCUUGUGGCUCUGUGUGUUUGUACUCAGCCAUGAGCUCGGUUUAUGGAGUUGUGCACAGUGUACAUGGGUAGUUUUACAAACUGGUGAUUGGGGUUUUGUAAAUGCAGUGUUUCAAUAUAUUAAGACAUUUUGAGGGGCCUUUUUUGGUGUUUGCUUAUUCAGACAUGGCCAAGGUUUCAAAGAAAGCAGUCAGGAUAUGUAUAAGUAAUCUUUGUUAGCUAAAAGCUCAGACUGCUCAGUUUCAUACGUUUUCUAAUCUUGGCUCAGUGAGUGCAGACAUCCCCAUUAUGGUCAUUUCAGGUGCAAAUCUAUGGCUGUAAGUGCAGAAGACCCAUCUACCUGACAUUCAACUCUUCAUAAUCAGAAGUUGUCUUAAAGACAGGGCGAAUGGUGCCAAAUCAGCUUGUUUCAGAUGGAAGGUAAACCCAGGGUCCAAUAAAAAAGUAUUAUUUAACACCAACUCAUGCAGAGCUACUCUAGUAGAGUCCAAGAUUAAAGCUAUGGAGCUGAAAAUGAGCAUCAUCGCCCCCCUGAAAGAGUAUCUUACUAGUGUUUCAAUGUAAAGAAUGUAACGUAGGUGUGCCGGGAUUACUUACGAAUUACUUAGUUUGUAUUUGAGAGCAUUAAUAUCCAUCUCUCUGUCUGGCUCUGGUUUUGCAUAGCUUGAGGGAGAUACUUUACAGCAGCCUGUAACCACAGGCCUGUGCUCAGAAACAGCAGGGCUCUAAUCUGAACCUUAGCUCCAGGGAACAGGAAAUGACUCUGACCCGACAAGAUCAGCAAGGCCGUCAUAAUAACAGCACCUCCUGCCUGUGAGUUUCACAGGGAGAAAGACAGGUCGAACAGCCUGGAAGCCAUGUUAACAAGGUGGAUCUCUGGCCUCCUGGUUAGGGCGAGCUGUGAUGUGACAGGACCCAAGGGUGCGGAAAAUCAAGUUGUAGCCUAACUCUGAGCUCUCUCUCUCCUUCUCCCCAUCUCCUCCGCCCUGCAGAAUUAGCAAGAUUAUUAUUUUUGUAGAGAAAUAAUAAUAAUGAUUAAAAAAAAGAGUUUUACUACUGUACAGCUUUUGUAUAAGAACAGACGGUAAGGUGUUCCAGUGUUUUUGUUUGACCUCAACUGUGCUGUGUGUAAUUGUUUUAUGCAUUUACAAUCAUAUUUAUUAAAUGGAAAGAAGUCUGUUAACUGUGUUCUCAUUUUCUUACAAUAUUUGUAAAGAAAUACUAUGUAUUUGCAAAAGUAAUAAUCAACCUAUAAAGAAAACAAGACAA